CGCGGGAGCCAGCAGAGGAGCGGAAGUGAGGCGGCUGUGCUGCUUGGGCUCCCGGGCGGCGGCGGCGGCGGCGGCGUUGGCGGCGGCAGCGACGACCACGACCGAAACUGAAGUGGUGACGGCGGCCGGAGUAGACGCCGCCCCGUGGAGCAGCAGCAGAGUCCGCGGCUGCUCGCAGUGCUGCGGAGAGGCGGGCCGGGCGCGACGGAGGCAGCUGCGCCACGGGUGGCAUUGUGCUUCUCAGCGUGCAGGAGAAGCCCCAGAAGAGAAGUUGAGACUGAGCCCAGAGAGCUAGGUUGUUUCAGCAGGGAAGACUCCCUUCCCCCGUGCUUCAGGCUGCUGAGCACUGAGCAUCACUCAGAAUGGAAGCCAUCGCCAAAUAUGACUUCAAAGCUACUGCAGAUGAUGAGCUGAGCUUCAAAAGGGGGGACAUCCUCAAGGUUUUGAAUGAAGAAUGUGAUCAGAAUUGGUAUAAGGCAGAGCUCAACGGGAAGGAUGGCUUCAUCCCCAAGAACUACAUAGAGAUGAAACCACACCCGUGGUUUUUUGGCAAAAUCCCCAGAGCCAAGGCAGAAGAAAUGCUUAGCAAACAGCGGCAUGAUGGGGCCUUUCUAAUCCGGGAAAGUGAGAGUGCUCCUGGGGAUUUCUCCCUCUCCGUGAAGUUUGGAAAUGAUGUGCAGCACUUCAAGGUGCUCCGUGAUGGAGCGGGAAAGUAUUUCCUCUGGGUGGUGAAGUUCAAUUCUCUGAAUGAGCUGGUAGAUUACCACAGAUCGACAUCCGUGUCCAGAAACCAGCAGAUAUUCCUCCGGGACAUAGAACAGGUGCCACAGCAGCCCACAUACGUCCAGGCCCUCUUUGACUUUGACCCCCAGGAGGACGGCGAGCUGGGCUUCCGCCGGGGAGACUUCAUCCACGUCAUGGAUAACUCAGACCCCAACUGGUGGAAGGGUGCUUGCCACGGGCAGACCGGCAUGUUUCCCCGCAACUAUGUUACCCCUGUGAACCGGAAUGUCUAGGCAGCAAAAUAUUUAAAGAAAGUGAAAAAUUGAAAACACAAAACGAAUUACACCCACAGGCUGCCUCGAACCGCAGCCCAUAAGGAGCUCAGAACACCCCGGCUGGUCACACCGGUGACCCUCACUUUCGUUGGAACUUUGGGGGACGGGAGGGGGAUUGGAUAUCAAAAUUCCAAAAUUUACCUAUUGAAUUAAGUUUUUAUUACAGUUUCUCCACGCUGCUCCUGUUUCCCUCCUGUGUCCUUUUUCUCAUCUUUUUUCUUCCUUUAGUGCAUGACAUUUAAGGCCACAUAUAGUCCCAGCUGAUGCCAAUAAUAAAAGAAAAGAAACCAAGCGGGCUGGUAUUUUCUCUAUGCAAAAUGUCUGUUUUAGUGGGAAUGACUGAAAGAACAGCUGUCUCCAUGUCUCUUGUACACACACAGAAGGCGCAGGCCCGGUGGCCUGAGUCCCGAGCCACAGCUGCCGGAAGGGAGUGCAGGGACCCGCGGCCUCGGAGAAGGACGGCGAGCCUGUGCUGUGCCCUCUCCGGCCCCCCAGGUGUUGCUUUUUCAUAGUGCCUUUUUCCUUAUUUCAAGGGUUGCUUAUGAGCAGUGUUCUUUAUUUGUUUUGUUUUAAAAUAAGUUAAAGACAGUCCAGAGCUUUUCAUCCAGUUUGUCUCCUACUCUGUAAAUGUUUUCCUCACGAGAAGGAAAAGCAGGGGAGGAAGGGGGACAAGCAGAAGUGGAGGUACAGGCGUCUGCCUGUCGUGAGCCAGAAAUCUGCGGGUUCAGCUUUAAUAUCUGUGAGCUCCACCCCCCGUGCUGAGGGGAUCUUUCUGAGGAUGUCAGAGUCCGUGACCUGGUCUCAGGGGUGGUCUGCUUCUGUCCUGAGACACACAGGCACAAACCCUAGGAGCCAGCGGGUUGUGAACAGAAGCCAGAGGGAAAAAUAACUUUUAACUGCCCCUCAGCUGUUCCAGCCUGUAUCCCCAUACUGGGGAUUAAAGUACUUGCUUUUCAUUUUUCUUGCUUAAAAUGAGGUCCUGGUUUCACCUGAGGCACCUAGUCUGCAGGGCAAGCACCGGGGCAGCAGCCAGAAAGAGCAGGGCGUGAGUCCGUCCAUCCACAGUGUGCUGUAGGAUGGGGAGCUAGGGAGGCGCUGGGGAAGACCACAAGGCCAGGGCUGCUGCAGCGCUCUCUCCAUCUUCUGUCACCUGUGGUCCCUUGUGACAUGCCUGUAAACCGUUUCUCCCUCAGCCCACAUCCCCACCACAAGACAAGGCCGCUUGCAUUUCUCUUCCUGAAACUUGGUGGCGGUCUUGGUCCUUUGGGUUCUGACAGGUUGGCUGCGUCUUUCUGGACUCUGGUUAUGGAGAUGAACUCAUCCUGGAGCACCCCAAGGCCCGGGCUUUCCCUGCCUCGCCUGGCUCCCUCCUACCCUGCUGCUCCUCUCCUCACUGAUGAUAAAGAAGUCUGGCAUUUUACACCUGGACCAUUUGAUUGUUUUAUUUUGAAAUUGGUGUAUAUCAUGAAGCCUUGCUGAACUAAGUUUUGUGUGUAUAUAUUUAAAAAAGAAAUCAGUGUUUAAAUAAAAAGACCUAUGUACUUAAUCCUUUAACUGCGGAUAGCAUUUGGUAGGUAGUGAUUAACUGUGAAUAAUAAACCUACAAUUGAAUUCUUGUGAAUAAAUAUUCAAUGAAUUCUU